CAUUUAUCGACGCGCAUACGAGACGUCAAGCUGUGUCCGAUGUGUGUCACUUUUUCUUCGGAAACGCACACUCGCUUAAAGUCAACAGUCAUAAGAGAACGCGCAACAACUAUCGAUAUAUCGCGCGACGGCGUGCAACAAACAACAGAACCGCGACUCAUCGCUCGGGCUUGCAUGUCGCGUCUCCCGUGAGCCUCAAUGAGCCCGCGAUGACGUCUCCGGCGAUCGGCAUCGAUCUGGGCACAACGUACUCCUGCGUCGGGGUCUUCCGUCAUGGCAAGGUGGAGAUCAUCGCCAACGACCAGGGCAAUCGCACCACGCCGAGUUACGUCGCGUUCACGGAGGCCGAACGGUUAAUCGGCGACGCGGCGAAGAACCAGGUGGCGAUGAAUCCGACGAAUACGAUUUUCGACGCCAAGAGAUUGAUCGGCAGACGGUUCGACGAUCCGUCGGUGCAGUCCGACAUGAAGCACUGGCCCUUCGCGGUCGUCGACGACAAUGGCAAGCCGAAAAUCCGACUGCGAUAUAAAGGGGAGGCGAAAUCUUUCUUUCCCGAGGAGAUCUCCUCGAUGGUGCUGACGAAGAUGAAGGAAACGGCGGAGGCUUACUUGGGCGCGACCGUCACGGACGCCGUGAUCACGGUGCCGGCGUACUUCAACGACUCUCAACGUCAGGCUACCAAGGACGCGGGCGCCAUCGCCGGCCUGAACGUCCUGAGGAUCAUUAACGAGCCGACCGCAGCCGCCAUCGCUUACGGGCUCGACAAGAAGGGCCGCGGUGAAAGGAGCGUACUGAUCUUCGAUCUCGGCGGCGGUACUUUCGACGUAUCGAUACUGACUAUCGACGAUGGUAUAUUUGAGGUGAAAGCGACGGCCGGUGACACCCAUCUCGGCGGAGAGGACUUCGACAAUCGUCUGGUCACGUACUUCGCGCGGGAAUUUGCGAGAAAGUACAAGAAGGACCUGACGAGGAACAAGCGCUCCCUUCGUCGCCUGAGAACCGCCUGCGAGCGCGCCAAGAGGACCCUGUCCUCGUCCACGCAGGCCAACCUCGAGAUCGACGCUCUGCUCGACGGCGUCGAUUUCUACACCUCGAUCACACGCGCUCGCUUCGAGGAGCUGAACCAGGACCUCUUCAAGAGCACAUUGGAGCCGGUGGGGAAGGCGUUGCUCGACGCUAAAAUGGACAAGUCGAAGGUCCACGAUAUAGUUCUCGUCGGCGGGUCAACGAGAAUACCGCGCGUACAGAAGCUGCUGCAGGAUUUCUUCAACGACAAGGAGCUGAACAAGUCCAUAAACCCGGACGAAGCGGUGGCUUACGGGGCCGCGGUGCAGGCUGCCAUUUUGCACGGCGACAAGUCCGAGGCGGUGCAGGAUUUGCUGCUGCUCGACGUAGCGCCGCUGUCGCUUGGCAUCGAGACGGCCGGCGGUGUGAUGACGGCUCUCAUCAAGCGCAACACGACGAUCCCCACGAAGCAGAUGCAGACGUUCACUACGUACUCGGACAAUCAGCCGAGCGUGCUCGUACAAGUUUACGAGGGCGAGAGGGCGAUGACCAGAGACAACAACCUUUUGGGGAAGUUCGAGCUGUGCGGCAUUCCGCCGGCAGCGCGCGGCAUACCUCAAAUCGAAGUUACGUUCGACGUCGACGCCAACGGCAUCCUGAACGUCUCCGCGGUGGAGAGGUCGACGAACAAGGAGAACAAAAUAACGAUCACCAAUGACAAGGGACGCCUCAGCAGGGAAGACAUCGAGCGGAUGGUGAACGAAGCGGAAAGAUAUCACGCGGAGGACGAGAAACAAAGGGAGAGGGUCGCGGCUAAGAACGACCUCGAGUCAUAUUGCUUCAGCGCGAAGAGCGCGCUCGAGGAGGCGAAGGUCAAGGAGAAGACACCGGAGGCUGAUCGAAAACGCGUCAGCGAGAAGUGCAACGAGAUUAUCAAGUGGAUGGACACCGAUGCGUUCGCGACGGCGGAGGAGUACCGGGCGAAGCUGAAGGAAGCCGAGGAGGUACGCUGAAGUUCGCGCGUAUUUUCCUCUUAUAUUCGCGCGCAUCUUUCGGCAAAUAGGUCUGUUCGUUUCUCCGGGGGGGACAGGUAUACUUUUCUUCGCUCAAACUUAUUGCACCAGUCCGGAAGCUCUCUUCGAAAACAAGCAGACGGAACGGUACGUUCUCCGAAUGGGAAUGGGCCUGGUGGGCAGCGUCGAUACGAUUUUCCACGCGUCGCACUCACGCUCUCUAUCGGCGCUUCAUUUGGCGCUUCGUAUCGGCGGAAUCAUUUGGUCGUGAUAGAGAGACAGAGAAUAUUGAGUUUACCGAGACGGUUAUGUAUUCGGGGGAAAUUUAGAAUUGUGUUUUGUGAUACCCGGCGGUAGUGUCCAAGAGUGGAUGAUGAGUUCAUUUGUGGCUCUCGUGGUGUCGAGAAAUCAAUGUGGUGGAAUAUUAAUUGUCGCUGCGAUAUUAAUCAUCGCGAGUGUCGUAAUUGUACGACGAAUCGUCAUGAGUAAUUCUUCUCUCGACAACACACGCGCUUAUGGCGUUGUGUGUGUGAUUUCAUCGGAGUGGCCAAUGCCAAUGGAUCUCUCUCCCGAAUAGAUCGAUAGAACAUUUCUUUCUUUCUUGUUUUCUUUAACACAACGGAAACGUCUUUUUCCUAGUCUUACACCUGUAGUCUUUUGCGCGCCGGUGUGCUAUUUUUCGUUCGAUGAUGCGUUAUCUACCGUUAUACUAAGAAGUAUCCCCUUCUAUCUUGGUUUCUAUCUUGGUCGCUCACCGAUAACCGAUGACGACACACCGCGAAAAUCGAUUCAUGCACGCGUAUUGUGUCAUCGCGGAAGUAAUAACUUUCAGGUGUGCAAGCCUAUCAUAACGAAGUUGUAUGAAUCCGCCGGUGCUGUACCGAGGUCCUCGAGAUGCGACGGGCAAACUACUGCUGGUAACAGCGGUCCGACCAUCGAGGAAGUAGAUUAAUCGUGCGUUAUGAACCAUAAAGGUCGUAUCUCAAAAUACCAUUAGUCGAUAGUACAACAUUAUAUUUUCGAUUCUUUAAACUCAUUGUCAACAUGGUUGACAAAUAUCUUCACCAAGUUUAUAAAUGGAUUCGCUAAAUUGAGAUCUAAAUCUUCACGCGUGAUGAGAGAAAAUGUAAGUCGAAUCCUUUUUCGAAGUAAAGAAUAUCUGGAAAUUUUACAAGAUAUAAAAGUUUCUUACACAAGUAUUCUACCUUCUUGCUUAAACGAAACGCUCGGGCACACGUGGACGUAGACGUUGUGGAGAAAAGUGAGAAGAGAAACUAAAACGAUCGAGUGAGAGGCAAGUC